GAGAGGAGAGGAGAGGAGAGGAGAGGAGAGGAGAGGAGAGGAGAGGAGAGGAGAGGAGAGGAGAGGAGGGGGGAUCUUCAGAAGCUGGAGCCACCAGCCGCCUUUCUUCUGUCGGGGCUGCGGUAAAAGUCGUUCACAAUGCCGGUGUUUCAUACCAAGACAAUUGAGAGUAUCCUGGAGCCGGUGGCCCAGCAGAUCUCUCACCUGGUCAUCAUGCAUGAGGAGGGGGAGGUGGACGGUAAAGCCAUCCCGGAUCUGACGGUGCCGGUGGCUGCGGUGCAGGCGGCAGUCAGCAACCUUGUUCGGGUUGGGAAGGAGACAGUCCAAACCACCGAGGACCAGGUGAUGAAGAGAGACAUGCCUCCUGCAUUCAUCAAGGUGGAGAACUCUUCCUCAAAGCUCGUCCAGGCAGCUCAAAUGUUGAAAGCAGAUCCAUACUCGGUCCCUGCGCGAGAUUACCUGAUCGAUGGAUCCAGAGGGAUACUGUCUGGGACGUCCGACCUGCUCCUUACCUUUGAUGAGGCGGAGGUGCGUAAAAUAAUCCGAGUGUGUAAAGGAAUCCUGGAGUAUCUGACAGUUGCUGAAGUGGUGGAGACCAUGGAGGACCUCAUCACUUACACCAAAAACCUGGGACCAGGGAUGACCAAAAUGUCAAAGAUGAUUGAGGAAAGGCAACAGGAGCUGACGCACCAAGAACACAGACAGAUGCUGGUCAGCUCCAUGAACACUAUCAAAGAGCUGCUGCCUGUUCUCAUAUCAGCUAUAAAGAUUUUUGUUGCGACAAAGAGCAGUCGAGGCGCCGGUGUGGAGGAGGCGGAGCGGAACCGAAGGUUUACUUUUGAAAAGAUGAGCGCCGAAAUUAACGAGAUCAUACGAGUCUUACAGCUCACCACAUGGGACGAGGACGCGUGGGCAAACAAGAAGGAUAUGGAGGCUUUGAAGAGGUCUUUGGCUUUAAUUGAAUCAAAGAUGGCACAAGCUAAAACCUGGCUCAAAGACCCUCAUGCCCAGCCAGGAGACCCUGGUGAAGUUGCACUGCGUGUGAUACUGGACGAAGCCGGCAAAGUUGGAGAGCUGUGCGCCGGGAAGGAGAGGAAGGAUAUAUUGGCAACUACGAAGGCUCUGGGACAAAUGACCGACCAGAUCGCGGAUCUACGAGCCAGGGGCCAGGGUGCGACCCCCGGCUGUGUGCAGCGUGCCGGCCAGUGCUCACAGGGCUUAGAUUUGUUAUUUGGCAAAGUGGACACUGCUGCCCGUAGACUGGAAGCUCUAAUCAAUGCCAAGCAGGCCAUUGCCAGAAGGCUGGACGCUGCACAGGCUUGGCUGGCUGAUCCUAAUGGUGGACCUGAGGGUGAGGAAAACAUCAGAGCAUUACUAGCAGAGGCCAAACGCAUCGCUGAUCUGUGUGAAGACCCCAAAGAGAGGGAUGACAUCCUUCGCUCCAUCAGCGAAAUCGCAGGCCUCACUGCCAGACUCAUGGAACUUCGCAGACAGCUUAAACUGCAACCUCACCCCACCAGUGCAUGGCAUUUUUUACCUGCCUGGAAAAUAUGUUGUUGCCUGUCAACCUUGGGCGUCAGUCCGACAAUAAGGGGUAAAGGUGACACUCCAGAGGCUCGGGCGUUGGCGAAACAGAUCGGGGCGGCGCUGCUGACCCUGCAGUCCAAAACCAACCGGGCUGUGGCUAACAUGAGGCCAGCCAAGGCCGCCGUCACUCUGGAGGGCAAGAUGGAGCAGGCCCUCCGCUGGGUGAACAACCCCGGAGUGGACGACAGAGGAGUAGAGUACGAGAUAUUAGAGUGGAACACAGGUCAGGCAGCCAUCAGAGGAAUGGUUGGGGAGGGGAAGAGGCUGGCGGGAGGCCUGUUAGGGCCAUAUCGACAGGAUAUGAUUGGACGCUGUGACCGAACAGAGGCCCUGAUGGCGUCUCUGGCAGACAUGGCUGGCAGAGGCGAGGCUGAGGCUCCUCACGCACGAGCCACAGCCGCUCAGCUACAGGACAGCCUCAAGGAUCUGAGGCAGCACAUGCAGGAGGUGAUGACCCAGGAAGUAUCAGAUGUUUUCAGCGACACCACCACGCCUAUCAAGUUGCUCGCUGUGGCUGCAACUGCUCCUCCUGAUGCCCCCAACAGGGAGGAGGUUUUCGAUGAGCGUGCAGGGAACUUCGAGACCCAUGCAGGUCGACUCGGAGCGACUGCGGAAAAAGCCGCCGCUGUGGGAACAGCCAACAAGACAACAGUGGAAGGAAUACACGCUGCUGUAAAACACGCCAGAGAGCUCACACCACAGGUGACGUCUGCAGCUCGGAUCUUGUUGAAGAAUCCUGGAAACAAAGCAGCAUAUGAGCACUUUGACACAAUGAAGAACCAGUGGAUUGACAAUGUGGAGAGACUCACUGGUCUGGUGGACGAGGCUAUAGACACCAAAUCUCUGUUAGAUGCCUCGGAGGAAGCUAUAAAGAAAGACAUCGACAAGUGCCGAGUUGCCAUGGCAAAUGUUCAGCCCCAAAUGCUCGUUGCCGGGGCAACUAGCAUAGCAAGACGAGCUAACCGCGUCCUGUUGGUGGCCAAGAGGGAAGUGGAGAACUCUGAGGACCCACGGUUUAGAGACACAGUGAAGCAUGCGUCAGACAUCCUGUCUCACACCAUCUCCCCCAUGGUGAUGGACGCCAAGGCAGUGGCUGGAAACAUACAAGAUAAACCCCUUCAGAAAGCCUAUCUCGAUUCCUGUUUGAGGAUUUUGGCAGCAGUUGGAAAAGUUCGGGAAGCCUUCCAGCCCCAGGAGCCUGAAUUCCCACCUCCACCUCCUGAUCUAGACCAGCUCCAUGUGAGUGAUGAACAGGCGCCGCCCAAACCUCCAUUGCCAGAGGGGGAAGUCCCGCCCCCUCGGCCCCCUCCUCCAGAAGAGAAGGAUGAGGAGUUCCCUGAGCAGAAGGCCGGGGAGGUGGUCAGCGAGCCCAUGAUGGUGGCAGCCAGGCAGCUCCACGACGAGGCUCGCAAGUGGUCCAGCAAGCCUGAGGAUGAGGAGGCAGUAGAGGAGAGAGAGGUAGAUGAUGAAGAUGAGUUUACUGAUGGUGAGGAUGACUAUGAGCCAGAACUGCUGAUGAUGCCGUCCAACCAGCCUGUCAAUCAACCCAUUCUGGCAGCUGCCCAGUCUCUCCACCAGGAGGCGCGCAAGUGGUCCAGCAAGGGUAAUGACAUCAUCGCAGCAGCCAAGAGGAUGGCUCUGCUGAUGGCAGAAAUGUCCCGACUGGUGCGUGGUGGAAGCGGGAACAAACGUGCACUGAUUCAGUGUGCUAAGGACAUCGCCAAGGCCUCUGAUGAGGUGACCAGGCUGGCAAAGGAAGUGGCCAAGCAGUGCACUGACAGGCGCAUUCGGACUAACCUGUUACAGGUGUGUGAACGAAUCCCUACAAUCAGCACACAGCUGAAGAUCCUCUCCACUGUCAAAGCCACCAUGCUGGGACGAACCAACAUCAGCGAAGAGGAGUCGGAGCAGGCCACAGAGAUGUUGGUACAUAACGCCCAGAAUCUGAUGCAGUCGGUGAAAGAGACCGUCAGAGAAGGAGAAGCAGCUUCCAUCAAAAUCCGCACAGAUGCAGGAUUCACCCUUCGCUGGGUUCGCAAGACCCCCUGGUACCAAUAAAAUAUAAUGAACCCGGUGACGGAAAAUAGUCCCACUCUCAGCUUGGCGCCGAUAACACACACCUUGUAUAAAUAAAAGCAUCAGCGUGCACACUCAGUGAGAGUGCAUGUGUGCAUCUCUUUAAAGAGGAAACUGCAGGUGAUUUUCUUUCUAUCCUCCACUGUAGUUUGGGUGUGUGUACAGAUUAGGUACCACACAUGUUUAGUGUAUCGGAGUGAUUUCAGCUUUUGCUCUCCUGUUUCCUUUAUCUUUAACAGUGGAAGCACGCAGGCUAGACAGUUUUUAAUAUAUAUUUUUGGUAUGUUGUGUUACAAGAGUUUAUCCAAAUCCCAGGUAUAUAUUUUUUGCAUGAAUUUUUUUCUAUUUUAUAAAAAGCAAAUUAUCUCUUACCACACAUUUACUUUUGAUUCAGUUUUACAGUGAGAGUUUCUUAUCGUCUAAUGUAUAUACAGUACUGAUGUUGUUUUAUGGACACUCAACUUAGAGCUUUAGUCAAUGAUUUUGACACUAAAGUGUGAAAACUUGUCCGGGCUGAGGAUGUCUCCUCUUUUAAUGUUUACUUUUAUUAAUAACACUGUUCUUAACUGAAGAUCUGCUGGUAAAUUCAUCACUGCUGUCUGGUGAUGGUUAUACUUGAAGAACUAAAAGGUCUUCUGAAUUUAAGUGUUAUGAAUCUUAGGCAAAUCAUAGAUUUUAAAACUGAAGUGAUUGUAUCAUUUGACAAAAAAAUGUAUGAUUGUCAAUAAUAGGCUGAUUUAUUUUUAUUGCUGGAAAGCUGAUACUUAAUAGAUAAGAGGUGUUCACUUCUCAAUGGCAGUGUGUGUGACUAAGGCAUAAAUCCAGGAUGGUUUAGAUAUUUUUAAAGUGUGUUUUGAGGUAUUUGUUAAGAUUUAUUUAACUUUCACAGUAACCAAAACCAAAGGAUUUAUUUUACAUUACUGUAACCUCCAUGAAGUUCCUAUAUAACACUGAAAAUCCAGGUUAUUACAAAUAGAAAUGAGACAAGAACAGACCCUUUACUGUAGAGACAGUGGAGUCAAUUUAAGGUUUAUUAUUUUCUAGAGAAACAAUGUCAUGUUUUUUCCUGUUUUGCAGUUAUAAUUGUUGCUUUUUUCUGCACUAUUUCUGUGACAGACGCACUGCUUUGAAUUUUUUUUAACGGUUGAACAAAACUCUACAAUCAAAACUCAGUGAUUGUAGAGUCAUUUAACAUCAUUUUCUGUAGACUUUCUCUUUGUGAGGGCUCCGUAGUCCCACUCUGCAUGCUCUAAAGCAUCAGUUUACAACAGAUUUUAUUUGCGACCCUGGUGGUUUACAAACAGAAUAACUUUUUUAUGUGAAAUCAGACAUCAGUUCCAGUCAGGCAGUCAGUUUUUUUAGGUUUUGACCAGACGGGAGUAAAAGGAGUCAUGAUUGAAACUCAAAAUGACAUACGAACAAACAAGUGAAUGCACAUUUUUAUGAUGUCAGUUGCUCCUAUUCCCUUGAUGGUAUUUGAUGAAGGUUUCUAAAAUGUUUUAUAAUGGCUGUGCAGAUAUAAAUGGAGGAUCUGUAUGUGUGUGUGUAUGUGUGAAACCUCUUCACUUUAUCAGUAUUAGAACGCUGUGCUGGUGACAGUUAGGGCCAGAGUUAUGAAUAGCAGCACAGAAUGUAAACCACAUUAUUAUUCGGGCCUCCUGAGCAUGUAGCAGUCACAGACCUCUCACUGAGAGCAACGGGGUGUAGUUCUGUGUGUACUUGAUGUGUCACACCCUGAAUGUACUCUGAUAGCUUCGAGCCCUGCCAACACAUCUGCUGUGCCUUGGAAGAAUAAAAGACUAUAACGACA